CUCUUUUUUUUUUUUUUACCCCUUCUUGGUUGAAAACCUUGGACAAGCCCAAUCAGUGUCAAGUAGAUCUCUUGAUUCUCUAUACCUCAUGUCGGCUAUCAACCGAAGAACACAACGCGUUGUCACUGAUAGCGAAGACGACUUUGUUGAAAUCCGCCAACGACAGCGCCAUGACCUUCAACUUUCUCGUCGUAGUCAAACUCCUCCAAUUGCUGAAAAGGACGAGGACGAAACCAAAACUAAAUCCAAGAGAAAGCUUAUCUCUAACACUGUCUCGAUCCCCUAUAUUCAUACCGCUCCUAUUCAUGUUAUAAGUAAGCCUUCUGUACUAUCAAAGGAAGCUCCUCCAGUCGAAGGUGGAUACCAUGGUUUUAUACGUCUUGGAAUGUUGGUACUGGGUGCAAGCAACAUCCGUCUUAUCAUCGAGAAUUACAUGAAGUAUGGCCUGUUAAUCAAGCUACCACAUAGCUAUAUCCCCUAUCAAGAUUAUGGUCUUUUUGUGCUAGCCUGGGUCAGCGUUCCGAUUAGUAUAGUAUCGGCCUUUCUGAUUGAGUGGCUGAUGGCAAAGAUAGCCAUGCAUAUUAAGUCACAAAAAGAGGAUUCUCGACCAAAGAUCACGUCUAUUGAAGUACUCGCUGGAAUCUUUCAUUGUAUGCAUCUCCUAUUUUUAAUGAUAUAUCCAUCCUAUAUUGUCUACACCAAGAUCUAUCAUCCUAUGGUUGGGUCGGCCGCUUUGGUGAUCGCCCUUAUUCUUUUCUUGAAGCUUACUUCCUAUGCACUUGUUAAUCGCGAGCUUCGAGAAAUGUACCUGACGGAUAACGGAGACGCUCCCGGUGGCAGUCAUAAAUACCCCAACAAUAUUGCCAUUCCCAACAUCCUGUAUUUCUGGUGGGCACCGACACUGUGUUACCAACCAUCCUAUCCGAGAUCCCCAAGAUUCCGCACAACAUUCUUCCUCAAGCGUGUCAGUGAACUGGUAGUGUGCUUAGUGACGAUGUACUUACUGGCUGAGCAAUACGCCAAGCCGACUUUAGAGAAUUCAUUGAAGGCACUGGAAGAACACAAUUAUGUGGUGAUUGUGGAGCGUGUACUAAAACUAUCUACAACGGCUGUCGUCAUUUGGCUCUUGAUGUUUUACGCCUUGUUUCAUGCAUUUUUGAAUGCACUGAGUGAGGUGUUAUUGUUUGGCGACCGAACCUUUUAUCUAGCUUGGUGGAAUAGUAAUAAUUUGGGAUCCUACUGGCGACUGUGGAAUCGACCGGUAUACCUUUUCUUUAAGAGGCAUGUCUAUCUCCCAAGUGUGCAACGCGGAUUCCCUCCUUUGCUUGGCCAAUUUGUUGUGUUCUUCAUUUCAGCUCUCUUACAUGAAGUCUUGGUAGGCAUUCCAACACAUGCUCUUACUGGUUUCGCUUUCUGGGGUAUGUUAGGUCAAAUUCCGUUGAUUGCCAUCACAAAACCGCUUGAGAAAUGGAGAGGUAAAGGAAGUGGUCUUGGAAACACGAUAUUUUGGAUCACUUUCUGCGUGGUUGGGCAACCUACUAUCGCAUUAUUGUACUACUAUCAAUGGGCAGCAGCACAUAAACAAGUCUCUGCACCAAUUUAGAGAUUCAUGAAUAAAAAACGUACCGAAUUUUCGGCAGAUUGAUUCGCCGAAUAAAAAAUCAC